AUGCGGGAUGACGACAAGGAUGAGGGCGGCGCGGAUGACGGGAAGCUCAGCGCCGCCGUUUCCUUCCACAACAGCUCCCGCAACAGCACGGAAUACAGCACGGAUCAGAGUGUUGUGAUCGAAACCGUGGCGACGAGCACUUUACAUGAGGAUACCACACGCGCAGGAACGGUUCGGGCGGCUGGUGUGGAGGCCGCGCCGCCGGCUUUGGUGGUUUCCCGUGCAGGAUUCUCCUCUUCCCUGUUCGCUCUGUUGCAAGAGAGUUUCAGCUCGUCGGGGUUCUGCCCCUCAUCCACAGUUGCCAUCUCCACGAAGUCUGGCGGCGCGGACGAUGCAGCCGCUCGCCGCGUCGUGCUUUCCUCGCGUUUUCAGCAGCCAAACCCCCAUCAUCACCUCCAGCGAAAGUCCACUAACGGGAAAGAGGAAGGGAAAGAGGAAAAGGAGGAUAAGGGGACCUGGAUGGAAGGCCUCCGCCAAGCAGCACGCGGCCCUGUCAAGGGGAUCUUUUCCCUCACCGCGGUCUGCGCCUCCACGACCACCUCCGAAGGGUCGUCAGAGACGCCUCUUUGCGGUUCCGCGCAUCUUCACAAGUUCCUCCCGGCGGCUUUGGAGGGAUCGCCGACUUCUCCUUGCAAAAAUCCUUCACCGCCGCCUAAUCUCGCGGCGUUGUUGGUUUCUUCCGCUCCCGUCGCAGCGGGUGAUGGGAACGCGCUCGUGAACGCUCACGAUGACGAACCAUCGCCACUGCAAACCAGCCGCUGCUUCCCAGAGGACACGGAGGGGGUGGUGGAGGACGCCACACGUGGCGGCACCACACCAGAAUCGCUUUUUCUUCAGCAGCUCGUUACUUUGGCUGGAGGAUCGCAGACGGGUGGAUCGCUAAACGCCGUGGACGAAGGGAGAAGUUCUCUUUCUCGGCCUGCCCGUGUGUCCCCUUCACCACCACUUCUAAAAUCACCUAAUCGGUUUGGGGAGGCGCUUGCCGCCAAUACGGCACCUUCCGAGGACGUUUUACCAGAGAACUUUGUGAAAAAAGAGGAAGAGGGGGCUGGUUUACUUUUAAACCUCAACGCGUUACCUCCUCUUCUUGUAUCGCCGCCGUCAUGUGGGCUCGCCGUCGGCUUUCGAGAGCGCCCAAGUGGCGAAAUCGCGCCGAGGGCGGAUCGAUCCGGGGAGUUGGGUAGGGUCUUUUCGCCCAGCCAAUGGGGUGCGAGUGAAAUAAGCGUGUCCUCAAUGGAGCGGUCUGCGGCCGGCAAACGCCACGAAGGCAGUGAUCGAGGGGAGGCUCAGCUGCCAGGGGAUACCACUUUCGUGGCGAUGUCAGAACGGAAAGGUUGUGCGCUGCCGGACCCCUCACCGAUUCCUGAGAAUUUACCUACUGCGCAGGGUGGUGGUGUGAUUCCCUUGAUUCAAGACGGAUACGACGCCAAGAAUGAGGAUGACGUAGCGCGGAUUCAAACAGCAAAAUCUUCUUGUGAGUUUUCCACGGCAUCAAUGGCUGCUUUGGAUGUGUGUGUCGUACGGAGCAUUCCACUUCCCUCGGCAUCCUCGUCGUCAUCUUCUCGUCGGAUGUCCAAUGUCGAGAGCCCUGCCGAGGUUUGUGGGGGUUCGGAGGGGGAUGGGCUGUGCACGGGCGAGGGCGUACUGCCUGGCGUCAAUCCCGCGGCUUCCAUUCCGCCCGAGAAGGGGAGUCGGGAUGAACGCACCGGAGGUAACCUCGCUGAGGAAUCCGCCUGCGAGCAAACCAGUCAUUUACUCUCAACCCUGAAGCAACCACUCCAGCAACCGCCUCAAGGGCAAGGAGGGGUGGAUUUGAACAUUCGGAGCAAUCCGUCUCCGGAAACCUCCCAUCGAAUCCAUUCGACCCAUGAUAAGGCGCUUCCUGCGUUCUCUGGAUCGGUGGGUCCGUUGUCGAGCUCGUGUCCGGUCGCUAGGAGCGGCUUUGGUAAUGGAUUAUCUGUCGCGUCCACCUCUGUAGAGCCUUCUUCCUUUCCUGAGAUGAAGACAGCUAGUGGAGAGAUUGCUUUAACACGCCCUGUGAGAGCCCCUGAUGCCACUGUUGGUAUUAAGGAUGCGGCUAGCCGGGAAAAGGAGAGAUCGAAGAGCGAGGGGAACGCACCACAUGGGCUAAAUGGUGAAGGGGGUGAUCGUGAAUCCUGCGGCAGCAUCUCGGAUGCCUUUAGGGUGCCUCCUUUUGCGUACUAUUCCAUCCUGCGUGCACACCGCCACUUUGCUACAACAGGUGCGAGCCUCCACAGCGUUGGCUCGAGCUACUUUGGCAACUCGUAA